UAAAAGUCGACUUCAGUGGAGGCACACGAUCGACGACGGGCGGGAUUUCCCCCUUUUGGGAUGCCCGUGAUCGACCCCGACAAUUGUGGCCGUUUCCCGAGUGUCCCGCCCGAGGUGGACUUGACCGUCACCCGCCAAGGCCCUCCAACUAGCUCGGCCACUGGCAUGGACGCUGAGCAUAUCACGAGGAAAAUCCACCGAAAGGGAGCGACUCGAGAGGCAACCCCUCGAGAGCUCACUAUCUCCCUACGCAAUCGACCCUCGAGGGGUCCUGCAUCACCUCCCAAACUCCAAAUUUACCUCGCAUUACCCGCAUACCUCCCAAUUGAUUCUCAUGGAACACCAUCCAGGCACUUUUUGGACAGAUGGAGAUUAUCCUUUUUGGGCCUCAUGAUCCCAUACACGCCUUAUCCUGGUUACUGAGGAAAGGAAUCAUUCAGGAGGGGGACAUAACUGAUACGCACAUCAUCACAUCCCCAUCCCUCUGCCCAGCGGUGCAUGCCUUACUUACUUAUGUCAUGGGAUAUAUCUACCGAGCGACCAAUACAAACCAGGGUUCCCCUUUUCCGACAA